AUGUCAACUCCUAUUAGUCUUUCUGCCUCACCUGUUAUUGUUAUUGAAGAUUUCGACUUUGAAAUAGAAGCAAUGGAAGGACAUGAAGCUAAUGCAAUUGUAAUUUCUUCAUCUGACGAUGAAUUCGUAAUGAGCAACUCUGAUGGUGAAACUAAUGACGAAGAAGUAAUCGCCAUGAAUGAGCUUGAUGUCGAAAUCAACGAGACAUUUUGGUCAUUGGAAGUUCAAGUGCCCAUCCCUACUGCAAGGCACUUCUACUCUGUCAUUACUCCAACACCUGAAGUUACGUUUAAUUUUCUCAUGAACUCAGGAGUAUAUUAUGGCACACGUGAAGAUAUUGGCACUUGCCCUGGUGGUUCCCUCUUUAGCUUAAGAUCUGCAGGGCAGCGUGGCAUGGUAUGGCGCUGUAAUGGUAUUCUGGACCUUACAAUUGGUAUUCGCUGCUGCCAAGGUACCAUGGUUAGUCCAAGGCUAAACAGCUUCUUCGCUAUGGAGUGGGUGUGGGGUAAGGAGAGACACCCACAGCUGGAUGACCGAUGA